AUGAAAACAAUGAAAUUAUUAGGUCAAACGAAGCUGCCAGGCGCCCAAAAAACACGAGGAAGAAAGAAGAAAGUUGUUCCACCAAAGGAACCUGGUAGGAAUUUAUUUACAUGAUCAGAGGCUGGUUGUGGGAGACCAGAUAGCGUUAUUCACUGAACAAUGAUUAUUUCAAUUGUUGUAAAAAUUCUUAGGGCCAGUGCAUGAUAUGUUUUAAUGUUCAGUGUGUAUGUAAAUCAGAUUCUUUUGGCACAUUGUAUGUUUUUUUUUCAGAAUGCGUCCACAUCUCGAGUGACGAAGAUGAAGCUUUAGGUAGGUUUAUACUUAUUCACAGGACACUUGACUAGUCCCGUAACAGUUAAAAACAUUAUAACAGAGUUAGUUUUGUUUGGCUUGUAUUGGUUUAGACUCCAUUUUAGUGUAGUUGGGUUUGGCAUGAUUUGGUUUAGUCUAACCAUAUGGCUUAGCAACAAAUACCAACCAAAAUGAUUGUAACUUAGUUUAUUUCUCAAGGAUAUAUACAAAAGGUUAAUUAAAUUAACCUAAAAAUGAAUAAUAAGUUAUGAACAACAAAGGUGAAAGUUUUAGAAACAAGAUCAAAAUGAUUGUGUUUUGUAAUUCAUAAAACAAUAGUAAUCAGUGUUUAUGACUCCUGCUUUCGUAAAAUUAUUUCUGUAGUUUAUUGUCUUUUAUUGUUACGAUCAGCCAAUUAUUGCAAAGCCCAUUCAUUUAGGUUGGUGGUGACCAUGGCCGGAUUUUGAGGGGAGGUGCGCACCUCCCCUGAGAUCGUUUUGCACCUCCCCUGAGAAUUUUUGUACCUCCCCUGAAAAUUGACGCACUUCCCCUUGGGAAAGUUUCAAUGAAUUAAAAAUCAAAGUGAAAAUUUGACAUUUUUUGGUUGCUUAGGGUCCACAUUUCGUAAGAAAGUUUUCAUUUCAGAUGAAGCCAUUCUUCUCUGUGUACCCUUUUAAUGCAAUGUUUUGCUACAUGCAUACGUCACGUCGUUGACUUGGGCCCGUUCUAAGCCCUAACUUUCCAUGGGGGUUGUGAGCUAGACUGCUGUACCUCCUCUAAAAUUUUUUCCACCUCCCCCACUAUUUCCACCAAAAUCCGGCCUUGGUGGUGACCCCAACAUAAGCACGUUGUUUAGGUUGUUCAUUCAUCUUGAUUUACAAUAUAGAAACAACUGAUAAUGCGGAGGUAAAUGACAGUGAUGAUCUUGAUGUCCCACUACGCAAGAACGACAAUGCUCAAGAUAUCAUGGUAUAGUAUUUGUACAUACAAUAAGCGUUGCUAUACUUGGCAACAGUUGGCGGUCAUUCUCAGAAAUGUCAUUACUUAUAGACGAACAAACAAUAGACCAUUUCGGAAUUAUGCUUUAGUGGUCAAGAACAAUAACACGAGUCGAGGCUUAGUGCUAAUUGGCAAUAGAAACAUUACAAUUUAACACAAAGCCUCAUUCUCACGCUAAUGUCCGUGGAUAUUCAACCGUAAUACGGAAAUGGUCUAUUGAAACUGCAUCUCUCAGUUCUAUUCAUUUUCCUCCAAAGACAAAACUACAACAUCGCAUGAAAAGGUUUAUUUUCUCACUCUGAUAACUGCAGGUUGAUCACCAUCUGCUGCACGAUAGUGCUUUAGUGAAACCCUGAGCACGAGAAUCGCUGGUGUAGUCAGGCGUAAAUAAAAAUACCUGUGGUUCCGGUUCCCGACCGACCCUAUUUUUUUCUGCCGACCCUAUUUUUUUUUUUCAACGCGAUUGACCGUGCGACCCUAUUUUCUCCAGGUGGUUGCGGGCUGCUCAUACAGCCUUCCAAAAUGGCGUCUGUUGUCACACUAAUUAUUGAGCCAAAUUGCCUAAAUUCGUCCGUAGGAAAUACGCAUCUCUAGUUAAUAUUGAUGUCGGGACUCUACUGCAAAUCGCUCAGCAAAAAAUCGCCAAAACCAUGAAAAAAAAUAUUCAAAAAACAAAUUUAUUUCCGACCUACCGACCCUAAUUUUUCACGAUAUGAAACCGGAACCACAGGUGUUUUUUUUACGCCCGAUUUAUGCUGAUCGAGGUUUCCGGUCAAAGAGGGAUUUGUGACGUAAUUAUGGAAAGGGUGUAUUGUUUUGAUUGAAUAGUGUAAACCAAUGCAAGAUAGUGCUAGUGAGGAAAUUGGAAGCACAGAAGAGAAACCUGGUGUAAUAUCUAGUACGGAUGAGUCACGGUUGAGUCUUGAUGAUUUUAAAACAAAAGAAAAGGAAAGUUUACCAGACUGUACCAAUGGUAUUCUCUCAAAAGUGAAUGGUGAAAAACAGAAGAAAGUUGGACAGAAAGUAUCCACGUAUCGGGAAGAAGAACCGUGCAUAUUUGUGAUGGUCAAUCAUAUCUUUGUUGGUGAAUUGCGUUGUCUUCCAAGGGAACCUGUGGAGGUAGGGUUGAUGGUACAGCUGAUACAUGGUGGUGAUGAUGGUGGUGGUGAUACUAAUGAUGAUGGUGGUGGUGAAGACGAUGGUGAUGGUGGUGGUGAUGAUGAUAAUGGUUUUGAUGGUAGUGGAUGGUACUAA